AUGGAUCUGCAGCAAAGUCUAAAAGCUGUAAAGUUGUACCUCAAGCUGGUUGCUGUAAGGAUGGUGAGUUUACAAUUUAUUGUAAAAAUUGAUUUUAGACAAAGUGAUAAUAUUUCCAUGCAGGAUAUGGAAAAAACCCAGCUAAUAUCAAAAACCAAAAUUAAAUCUUCUUAGAACAUGUAGGUUAAAAUUUCCCUGGAUUGAGAUUUUAUAUUGUGUGGAUGGUAAGUUAGUUCAGUUGUGUUUCAUUAAUCUAAUACCUGUAUUUUGUUUUAAUAAUUUAAGGCAAAGAUGGAAAGGAUGGACAACAUGGUGAGUCACAUUAAAAUGCAGCAAUUUUCCUUCAUUACCAUUUGCAUUAAUGCAGCAUUAGAUGAUUUAGAAAUAAUUAGCCACCCAGGUAUAAUCAAGUGUUGUUUUUUGUAAUUGCAGGAAAAGAUGGACGUGAUGGAGUGAAUGGUGAUCUACAUAAUUUUACUAAUAUUAUUAUCGUUUUAUACAAAUACAGACUGUACCUGCCAACUCUUUCUGAGUCAAAUCAAAUCAAUUGUGAGAUCAAUUAUUCUAAAGUUAUCUCAAAGGCGACAACUUAAGCAUGUUGACACCAAGUGUCAAAGAGAAAUUGAAUCAAAUUUUUGUCCUUAAUCAUGUGUUAAAGAACAAUUUCUCUGGAAUUGUUUGUCCAGUGUGAGCACGAGUGAAAUCAAUGUCUAAAUAAGUCCACAUGCAUGAAACUCAUGCAUAGUGUGUUAGUCAGUGGGCAGGCAUACUGUAAUAAGAUAUAUUUUGAGAAUAAUUAUUAUUCUCAAAAUAAAUCUUAACCAUUUAAAAUCCUUCUUUUAAUAAUUGUCAUUCCCCUUGUUGAAGCUUUUUGUCUGUGUUGUACCCCAGCUUGUAAUGUUACUAAUCAAAGGCUCAGCCAGUGCUCCAAGAAAAAUUGAAACUUGGGAGCCCAGUGCUCUAAACAUGUGAAAUCCAGGGAGCCAAGCAUCAGAUUUUUAUGGGAAAGCUAAGAUUUCCUAGUUGCUCAAGGUCAAAAGUAAGGUUUUAGGGGCCACUGACUGGGUGCUGCCCAGUAGAGCACAGCCUCAUUGAGGUUUUUUUCAUAUAAUUAUUUUACUAUUUAAAUACCAGGGUAAAGAAAAUAGUUCAUUAUACCAAGGACUUUGUUAUACAUUAGAUCAGGUUUGUUAAAUAACAAGGCUUCACUUUGUCACUUUUGUUUAUUGUCUGGAACACAGGAAAAGAUGGCCGUGAUGGACGAGAUGGCAGUGGGAUUAAGGUUGGCAUUUAUUUUGUUAAAACAUAUUGCUUCCUCUUUGCUUGAGAGUUCAUUAUCAACAGCUAUUGUAAAAUAGUUGAUAACAUUCAAGUCCCAUAACACCAUUAAUGCUGUGCACCAAAGCCAUCUAUCUUUGGCUAUCUGUCGGUUAAAGAAAGCCUGUAGUAAACCAGUAAUUCAAAUUAAAUGAGCCAGAGAGCUUUUAAUACAUGUAUGUCUUUUAUAAAAAGUUCUCUGUAGUGUGAAGAUAACAACUUGUCAUAAAGAGGUUUUGGGCAUUUGAGCUCUUCUCUUUCCAGAGAAAGAAAGUAAGAUAUGAAAUUAUUUUUAAAAAAUUGAUAGAUUACCGGUAGUUAAAUGUUUUUGUGCUACUGAACCAACUUUUAGGGUAAUAGUUUGCAAAAAUGAAUACACGACUGAAAAAAUUACAAAUUAUAGACUUAAUAUACAAAAAUAGUUGGUCAACUUUUUAACGUUAUGUCACUGUGUAUUGGACAAAUAAAAAUUCCUUCAUAAAACCUUAUGAACAGAAGAGGUGAGAAAUGCGUAGGCACCGGCCGGAGAUUAAUCGCCUUCAUUUACCAAAAUAACAAGAGAAAUAAAUCAGUAACAUCGGCGAGCAAAUAAUUGUUAUAAAUAUUUGGAAAAUCAAGCUUUCUUGACCUUGAACCUUCGACAAUGAUUCAAACUUCGUGCAAUUUCUCACCUCUACCGAUUUUCAAAUUUGGAAGUAUUCGUCGAUGUUUGGCUUUCCCUGGAAAAACCCAUUGAUGAAUUCUCAAUGGUAUAUAAAAAGAUGAGUGCGACUGAUAUGGCCUAGGAUCUAUAAUCAGGAUUUGGCUUGUAACUAGUUUAAGGUUUGUUUAGAGUUAUUCCUGGUACGCUUCUUACUUUCUGUUUCAUGCCAAUUUGUGAUAUGCAAAUCAGCAAAGAAAUGGUAUCUAAUGCGCAUGUGCAUCAGCUGACUGUGUCCCUUUAAAAAGGACAUGCAUGUGUACAAAUCAAGAGAGGAUAAAGGGGACAGAGGAGGCAUCCCCCAUACACACAGGAAAAAAUAACAGAUUCCCAUUUUUGGAUAUUUUAGGGUAUUUGAAGAAUACCCACAAAAACCUCAAAUUUGGAAGAGUGAGACAAGUCCCAAUCAGGGAACUUGGUUGGAAAUUCCCUGGAUGGGACUUGUCUCACUUUGCCAAAUUUGGGAUUUUUGUGGGUAUUCUUUAAAUACCCUAAAAUAUCCAAUAUUGGGAAUCUGUUAUUUUCUCCUGUGACACACCCUAUUCCAUAGGUAAUUCGUCUCGAGUUAUUUUUAACACCACAGAUCUCAAGAGGGAUUAGACAACAGCCAAUCACAUAGCGUGAAUGUGUUCCGCGUGGAUGACCCACGCUCAGAGCCAUGCGUCCUUCAUGAAUUGACGCAGAACAAAAUGGCGGAAGACGCAGAGAGCGAUAUUGCUAUUCAGUUUGUCAACGAAAACGACUACAACGAGGGGCGCUUUCCAUUUAGUCAAAAUUUCCGGAAUUUCCGGUUUGGCGGUAAAUGGAACACGUUUCGUCGGUUCGUCCCACUGGAAAAUUCCCAGAAAAAAGUGGAAAAUCUAAAAAGGUGGUCCCGUUUUCCCGGUUGGAAUUUCGGAACGGAAUGUCGUGUUCCAUUUACGUUUCUCGUAGUUUGUACCAGUUCCAGGUCCACGGUCGGGUACCGCGCCACGUACCGGGGUUUACGACCAAAUGGAACAACUUUUUACCAAUCGGAAAUUCCACUUUUGCUACCACCGAAAUUUCCGGUUUUUUUCGUAAAUGGAAAGCGCCCGAGAUUUCUGCUAAAGCUGUGUCAGCGAAAUGGAUAUUAAAAAAGAAUCGCCCUUCCUCUCUUGUAUAGAGCUAACAGUACAGCAGGGAAAUCCUUAACACACUGAAUAUUCUCUCAGGAUCAUUUAUAACUUACAGUUUGAAGAGAGCAAUUUCUGGUUUGAUAUUUAUUCUUUUAUUAGUCUUUUAUUAUUCAACAAAAAUAACACUUGGCGUUCUACUUGCUUUAUUGUACAAACGACCGGUUUCAAUAGACCGGCAAAAUUUCUCAUGUUAUCAAAACACUUACGUUACGACAACUUCGAGUUAAACUGAUUUCACGGGUUGUCAAAGAGUCUAGCAAUUUCCCUUUUCCCAGGUGAGCGCCGACUCAUUUCGCUUCAACAUUCAGGAAUGCUCUCGAUCUCUUUACACUUUCAUUGCCUUUUGCCCGACAGUGUUUUCCAUGGCGUUAAGUCAAGCGAAACCUCCACGAAACAUCCACGCAGCGUGCAAGAUAACUUUAUUCCGAUUCUAAAUUAUAACUCGAGACGAAUUACCUGUGGAAUAGUGUCUGUAUGGGGGAUGCCUUCUCUGUCCCCUUUAUCCUCCCUUGGUACAAGGCUUAUUUUGAAAGGACAUAUUUCAAAAUUGGGCGGUCAUUAAUAAGCAUACCGUAUUUACUCAAAUAAGUGCCGCUGCACUUAUUAAAGUUUUCACGCCUCAAAUUCGGCACUUAUUUGAGGGUGGCGUUUACUUAAAAGAAUUGUUUUUUUUAUUUAGUAUGAUAUUGUUAUUUGCUGUCUUAAACAAACAAAGAAUGUCUUUUGAUUUUGAUUAUUUGGUGGUGCUUAUUACUAUAAAAUCUUUGUCCCAAAAUUAUGUGGUGCUUACUCAAGGGCGGCACUAAUUCGAGUAAAUUUUUUUACAGUCAUAUGCUUUCAACCUGAUUUGCCCCAAAUCUCUUGACAGUAUAUGGCAAGAAAAUCCAAGCAAUGAUUCUGGGUAACCCCUUUUCAAGAACCUGUUCUUCACACAUUUGGCGACUCCCUAUUUUCUUAUUUGUUAUCUUAAAAUGUAAUUUCACACUUUCAUUUUUUAUAUAUACUGAUGCCUGUCUUGUUCACACUUUUAAAUGUUGGCGAUAUAAUGUCAUCGAAAUGUUGUGGAAGUCUUGCAGGGAAUCAAUCGUUAUUAUUUUUGAAAAGUAUGAAAUCGAUGUCUGUGACAACCAUGUAACAGCUGAGUGCCCCCUUUCAAAAAUAUGUCUAUUAUUUUUUCAUUUAGUGUCAGGCCUUGAAAAAGUCUUUGUGAGCCUGAUAAUUUCCCCCACUCCACUCCCGAGGGGCCUGGGGCCAAAUUAUUAUAACAUGAUUAAGGUACUAGUUAACCCAUUUACCCCUUGGAAUUUUGCUGAAAAGUGCUUUGAAGCUUGUAGAACCAUUUUCUGGUCACUAUCUGGUAAUAAAGAGCUAAAACAUACCAAAAAGCCGUUUACAGGUCGUGCGCUUCAAGGCCUUCUGUUCCAGAUGCAAAAUAUCAGCUUCUGAAGUUCAGGCAUGUGCGUAGCAAGUGAUACAAAGGAUGUGGAUCCUUAUGGGCAAUUAUAGGGGGUUCAAGGGCAAUUGGGUUAAGAUACAUUAAGGUGGCUGAACACAGUUUUGGCAGUUUGUGAGUGUAUGUCAUUUGCCAAAUCAUGGCAAGAGAAAGGAACCAGCUCACAAGCUGAAACUUGGCAGGUGAAAAAUAUACUAAUGGACGAUUUUGAUUGACAGGUAAAAUUUGACGUUUUCGCAGUUUCCAUGGUAACAUGAACGAUUGAAUACAACCUUAAAAUUUCACUUUUGUUCAGUUUACAUAAAAUUCGCUCAUUAGAUUUUCCUAUAAACUUGCGCACAGCUUACUAUAACUAAUCAUUACCAUUUGAAACUUAUUUGAUCAAAUUUUAACAGACGGACUUUUAGAUAAUCAAUAAUAUAAUUGUAUUGUAAUUAUUAAAUGUGUCACGAAAUUCGUCUGUUCAACUUCCAUUUUAAAGUUUUCAUUAUCUUAAAUACAAUAAAAGUAAAAUUUCUGCCAAAUAUCACAAAAUUUUAAUGAGCAGAUUUUGAGAAAUCGUCUUCUGUGUACCAUUGCUUUUUGGCCGCCAUGUUUGUUUGUCUAAUUAAAAACACGCGCGGUCACGCGAGUUACCGCUGACCGCUUGCAAAACUGUGUUCAACCACCUUAAGCCAUUAAUUUCUAUUCAACCAAUAAUUCGGGAAAUUUUGGUUUGUACAUCAAAAUGGAACGGACCAUUUUGGUUUGUUCCAACCGAAAUAUUCGGGACCAGCUUUGAAGGUGGUCCUCUUUGACCGGUCUGGUAAUUCCAGUCUGUCCGACCGAAAUCUCCCUUUCCAUUUGACAAAAGUGUUAUCCCCAGUACUGCUCUUUUAUAUCCUGCUUGCAAGAACAAUAACCAAAAGCGUAGUGGCUCAGGUCAGGUCUUUACAUGUGCAAGCGGAAUGUACUGUUCCAUUGGGCACAUGGAAUUUCCAAAAUUUCAAACUGGAAUUUUUGUUGAAUGGAAAGUGCCUGUAGUGUAACCUUCCUUGCCCAAUUCUAUGGUGGUUAUACAGUGUUAAUGCAAUAAAUAACUAAGCAGGAGUAUAGAUAAACUCGGACCAAAUGUUAAAUUCAAAUAGCUGUUUUGGUUAUACUUUAAACUACCAAAACCAGUGAAAAUAAAUAAACUCUUUUUAGUGGAACAUGUAUGUCCAUGAAGUGGUCCUGCACCUACCACAUUCACCCACGUGACAACAUUCAGAAUAUAGUUCAAAACCACUUAAACAUAGCAUUGUUAAACGUAUUUUAGUAUUUAAACGGUAGAUAUAGGCAUAUUUUUAUCCCCUAAAAAUUUUUCAUCUGUUCGGAUUUCCUAGCUGAAAGUCUAGUGAUCCGAAAAUUGUAGGAUCAAAACUUACCUUUUCGAAAAUUUCAGCCAGAAAAGAGGCUCCCGAAAAUUCUAGGCGACCUUUUUAGGGUAAAAAUCCGUUAAAAAUGGGCAAUUAUACCAUUUUUUAGAUGUUCGAAAAUCCUAGGAGACACAGGCAAGCAAGAAAUUUUACAACAAAUGUUUCGAAAAUUCUAGAUCUCAAAUCGUCUUCCGAACAGAUAUUCUUCCGAAAAUUGUCGUUGGGUGCCCCUGAACAUUUUUCUCUUUAUUAACCACCGAGGCUGCUGAGGCAGAAGCUAAUAUACACAGGGAACCCGAACGCUGUAUUAGCUAAUAGAAUAAUAAGAUAUAUUUACGCGGUAUUAGCUAAUAAAAUAAUAAUAUGUAUUUACCUUAAUGUUUGUUCCUGUGUCUUUAUGACUCGUUUUGAAAGGGAUUUGAAUCCGAUCAGAGACGGUUAACACUGCUGGUUAUCAAAUGCGUUUGCUUGUCUGGCGCGUCGUAAAUAAGACGCUCAAGUUUCGUCUCACGUUUCUAAUAUUGUUAACUAUUAACUUUCCUCUAACGGCCACGAGAAGAGUCAUAGUUUUCACAGCUUUGGUUUCUUAUUGGUUUCUUAUUUUGGUUUCUUAUUAAUUUGUAAAUAUCUAUGUUAGGGAGAAAAAGGAGAAACAGGGAUACCAGGGAAAGAUGGAAAUGCUGGCAUUAAGGUAUUAUUGACAUGUUCUGCCCUUUAAAUGGAAGUGUUUAGUUUCUAGAUCCAUAUCCUUCCAUAAAACGUCAUUGAAUAUAUUGAACAAUGCAAAAUCAUCAAAAUCAUAACCAGACCAGUUAACUUUAUUUUGAUCUCCACCACAGUAAAGACAAGCAAACUGGCUAUUCUCUUAGCAUUUUGUAAUAAAAAUAACAAUGAUAAUAAUAUUAAUAAUAAUAGUAAUAAUAAUAACAAUAAUAAUAUUCAUAAUAAUGUUUAAAGAAGGAGCCCAACUUUCCAUAGCGGUUUUCAGUGGGUCCCUCAUUAAAGUUACUAAAGUAAUUAAUUUAAUUUAUUACUAGAUUAAAAGUAAAAACUGGCUCAAAAAUUAAAAAAGAGUGAAGAUCAUAAAAUUCGAAGUAUAAAGUACAACUUCUCCCCAGAGUAAGAGGUCCCCAUAACAUUGUUCCUUAUUUUAACCCUAAGGUUGCUGAAAACAAUUUCUCUAGAAAUACUUUAUGUAUUUACUAUGCAUGUUAAAUUCGUGCACCGUAACGCCAAGUAGUUUUUAAUCAUGAGGAGAUAUGCAGCCAAUGAACUUUUGAAGAAAAAAGUGCGAGGACAGGUUGAGAAGAAUGCUUAGAAGUUUUCUACUUCAACUUCAAUACUCUUAAACGCUUUCACAUCUAAAAGAGACUAAUAAUGCAGAAAAUAAAAAAAAUGAAAAAAAUAAUAGAAAUACGAAUAAGGAUAAUUUAACUAACGUUGCAUAGAUGAUUACAAAAGUUUGGGUAACUUUCUGCUCUUAUUAUCAAAAAUAAUAAGAUUCCAUUCACUUAUAGUUGUCAGUUUUUGCCAGUUGUCUUUGAUUUGUUGACUUUCAAAGGCAAUGUAAACAAACGACAAUAAUUUUACUUUAAAAUCUACCCAUUAAGAUUUAACGAAAUUUAGCAGAAAUCCUCUUCAUGUCGUACUUUAGUCAAUGAAAGCCUCAAAUGAACAACAAACACAUGAAUUUUGUGACGCGAAAGCUAUUUUGAAAUCUUAAAAAAUAUCAAGAACUGUUUGUUGCAAUUUGGUUAAGGUGCUUUUAAAAUAUGAGACUUAAUAAUAGUAAGGAAAUCCAGCGACUGAAUUUUGAGUAAACCUAACAAUUUCAACAUUUUAGGUUUCUUUUCAACCGUCCGUGUUGCAACGAUCGAAAUCUUACUUUUAACUUUAAUAAUGAAUGUAAUGUCUUUAAUAUAUUUUGUCCUUGUCAAAUUUGAGCUUUAUAUUUGUAACCAGCAACGAGUCUUAAAUAACACCCCAACGAAUGGUAAUGAUUAUCAAGCCGUCUCUAGUCACCUUAAAAUCUGCAGGCUUGGCCUUUAAAUUAGUUUAUUCCGGCCUGUUUCCUGUCCUUUUUCAUUAAUUUCAUCUGAUCAUUAGUUUCACGUUUUUUUCGUAGUUUUCAUUAUCUUUAUUUCUUAUCUAUUAUCUUCAUCAUCAUCGUUGUCACUAUUUUCUUACAGUUCAAUAGCUUUAUUAUUAAUUAUUUAUUAUCUUGUGUGGUUAUCAUUAUUUCUGUUGUAGGGGGAGAAAGGAGAACCAGGAAUGGAUAAAAACAGUAAUGGUGGUGUUAAGGUAAGCGUAACUUUAUACUUCUUAAGUUGAAGACAGAAAUGACUAAUUUUCAGAGUCCAAAACAAAAUGGAAGGCACAUGCUCUAUCCUUAGAGCGACAAACGACUCAUUCAAUUUUCUUUAGUGGUCCUGCUUUUGUGCAGUUGUAAAUGUUACUCGGUUUAGGUCAAAUUGAUUUCUCCAAAACUAUGGAUUCCUUUCUGAUAUAAAACAAGGACCGCAUGAUCUUUAAAAUCAGAAGCAUAUAACCCCGAACGGAGUUAUAUGCUUCUGUUAAAAUCUUCAUUAUUUUUUUUUCUUUUUGUAUCGCUAAAGGACAAAGUUGCCAUCAGUUCGUAUAAUUACCGAGAUCUUUUAGCUAUCUUCUAGAAUAUUAAAAGAUCUUCAUCAUUAAUAAUUUCUUUUGAUUUCUUCACAAAGGGUGAGAAAGGAUCUCGUGGUGGCAAAGGGUCACAAGGAGAGAAGGGAUCACAAGGACAAAAAGGAAUGCCGGGAACGUGUGAUACAAAGGUAAAUGUCUCAAAGCUUUUUCCAGAUUUUCACUCUCUAUAACCCUUAUGCAUUAAUAAUCCUUAUACGAUAAGCCAUCAAUUAAAUUACCAUAGACUUGAUAUACGUGUUGCAUGCAAGAUCUCUUCUUUUUCCUGUUAUUUUUAAAGGGAAGAGCGUGCGCAAGUGAGCGGCAAGGCCAUGACAAGUGACAAUCGAGCUUUUUACUGGUACAAGUCAGCUUGCAUGUCCCUCUAAUUUAAGGAAAGAAGAACAAAAUAAUGCUCGUAGUCUAUGUUUACUGACACCAAACAUGAUGCUAUCAUUAGAUUAGCACAAUGUCAUUCGGACAGCGGAAGCCUUUUUACAUCCCUUAAUGUCCGGUCAAGGGAGAUUUCCGAUAGAAAAAGUUGAAGGUACAUAUGUUAAACCCUAUAGUUUGCAUAAAUAACUACAUUAUCAGAUUGUUAGCUUUGUUAUUUAAAGGGACAGUGUCCCGAUUAUGUGCACGCGCGAGCGUCAUCUGUUUUUUCUUCAAAAGACAAUAGAACUGUCAAAUUGACUCGACAAGAUUUCCUUCCGGACCGCACCGCCGACAGAGAUUUGUUCUUUAUAUUCUCAAGUAAUAUUUUAGACUUUCGAAGAAGUCUUUCGUCUUAUAUAAAAAUUUGGCUCGCGGUUCGAAGACUCAUCGCGAUUUUAUCGCUAGCUGGGCCGCCUCGCGACCCGAAAAUCUCGUUCCGCUCGCUUUAAAAACAUAUUUUCUAAUUUGAAACUCGUGUCAGAGGUCAAUCGCUCCAAGUCUAUCUGCCUGAUUUGCUCGCGUUCUAGCCUCAAACGUUUGAAAGACAUAAAUAAAAAUGCAAUCUCAACGCUAUCAAUCAUCACAAAAGUUAGUCAAAAAUAAUAUUAUGAUUUCAUGUCAAUAGUUUUUCAAAACAUGUAGCGCCUGUUUGUUUGAUUUUGUCGGCCGUAGGGAGAUUCAUUUAAAAGUUUACUAACGCGUCGUUGCAAAACAUUCUGCUUCACGAAGCUCCCCUCCACAAGAUCUCCUCAGUCACAUCAAUGUCUCAACGGUUUCUUUCUUACAGUCUUUAUUGUUGCUGUUUCAUUUCUGCGUAUUCCUUUCACAAUUAUCUCAGCUUGUAUGUAAGCUAGCAGAAGAAAUAAACCUUCAAUCGGCAUUAAAGUGCUUCCAAUCUUUUGGUCCUCCGGCCAACGGCAAUAAAAGUAACGCCAAAAAAUCCAGAUUUUGCCCAAAUCGAAACUUAACAGGAACAAUAUAUCAUUGAUCUAUAAUCCUGAGAAGUUUUAGUGUCGUAUUGAACCCGGCCAAGCGCGAUGCAAACGGAUUUUUCAAGAUUCUCUUACUCUCCUCGCAUCUUUUGAUUUCGCGACAUCCUGUCCAAAAAUCAAAGUUUGGUGCAUGUGCAGUAAGCGGAUACUGUUCCUUUAAUUAUAUUUUGAUCUUUUUAUUUUGCCUUUUAGAGCAAAUCGAAGUGCUGUUUAGCCGGUAUGAAUAUUAUUUAUUACUGUUAUCUACGAUGUACAUGUACGUUGAUUCAGUGAAAAGAAGAGUUGCUGAAUUUUAAUUUCAUGAAAACGUGGCUCCUUCACAUUAAAAUUGCAAAAACACAACACAUGAGUUACAUGUACGUUUCUACCUUAUUUUUUCAAUUUAUUCUAGUUGUUUUUUAUAGUAAUUGCUUGAUAAUAAAGAUUUUCAACAUUUUUUUUUCUUGUGAAAGAUUGCUCUAUUGGAUUCCACUUCUUUGAGAAAGUUCAAGAUCUUCCAACCCGAGGAGUAUUAGAUGUUGAACAUUUCACCAUUGAUGGAAGCUUGUUUCUUGCUUUUUCCAACUAUUAUGGGGACAUUAAAAAAUACAAGGCAGAUUCCAUGAUCUACAAGAUGGACAAUUCAACUGGAAGAUUGUCUUUGUACCAGACCCUGCAGACAAGAGGAGCGUAUGGCCUCCAGUACUUUUCUAUUGCUAACAAACAUUUCCUUGCUGUCGCUAAUCAUUACGAUGGAACAUACCGGCUGGAUUCUAAAGUCUAUCAAUGGAAUGGAAAGCUGUUUGUCGACUUUCAGAAAUUGUCAACAAACGGAGCAAGCCACUUAACGUACUUCAAGAUACAUGGAAAAAAUUAUCUCGCAGUAGCAAACUACCAUGACGGAAGUACCCACUCUACAAAGUCAGGUGUCUACGAAUGGAGCGGCGGCAAGUUUAACAAAUUUCAAGACAUACCAGCUGAAGGUGCCUGGGGAUGUACGGCGUUUGUGAUAAACGGUGACACAUUCAUCGCUUUUGGAAACCAUUACAACUCCCAACACAAGUAUUCUGUUCAGUCCACUGUGUUCAAGUGGUCAGGAGGUCACUUUGUUAAACUGCAGUCUCUUCAGACUUACGGAGCGCGCGGUGUUAAGUCUUUCAGCAUCAACGGUCACACGUUCCUCGCUUUUGCUAACCAAUAUUCUGGAAGUAAACACAACACCAAUUCGUUCAUUUACAAGUGGAAUGGUAACAAGUUUGUCCUGUUCCAGUCCAUUCCUACUCGAGGAGCCAUAGCAUGGUGUCCAUUUGUGAUCAGCGGUCAAACCUACCUUGGUGUGGCUAAUCACCAUGGUGAUAGUCAGAAGUACAACACCAAGUCAGUUGUGUACCAGGCCUCUGGAGCGAAGUUCAUCAAGUACCAAGAGAUUCCCACACAUGGAGCGCAUGGUAUGACGUCAUUUGAGUACAAAGGUCAUACUUACCUUGCAGUGGCAAACUACUACAAUGGCCAGAAGUACAACGUAAACAGCGCCCUGUACAAGUGGGUAUAGAGCACAACGCCAAGGUCCAAGCAUAAACGAGAUUUUGCGUAGCAAUGCACUAAAACAUUUCAUUUGCUAACCUAAGUAAAAAGAAACUUUAAACGUGGCUGUCUAUGCAUUAAGAAGGGUGCUUACGCUAAGGGAAUGAUACAAUAACCACAAUUUAUUAGUUGAUUAAGUGAAAUGUUAGAAAACAGCGAUUAGUUGCAAUAAAGAUGUGCUUGGAAC